AUGUGCACAAUGCCAGCAACAACAGAUGCAUCCGGCUCCGGCGAUGCAUCAACUGACCUCAUCGCAGCCAGGAGCCACUCCUGCCACCAAGGACGCCGCCUGAACUUGCGCAUAUUUAAACUUUUGAUUAGCUGCUGCCUCCUCUCGCUCUGCAUUUACCCAAAGGCCUGGCUCUUGUCCAUCGGCCCCGGACCGGGAUCGGGAUCGGGAUCCAUCUGGGUCUCGGCCGACAGUAUCAAGGGACGCGGCGAUGCCCACCGCCUGGACGAGAUGGGCCCCCACUCCCACUCGCACACCUCCUCCGGCUCCCUGCCGUCCUCGUGGCUCACUCAGAGCAAUAACCAUGCAAAUAUAUCGGAGCUGCUGGACAAUCUGCUGCGCGGCUACGACAAUAGCAUUCGACCGGAUUUCGGGGGUCCUCCAGCAACAGUCGAAGUGGAUAUUAUGGUUCGCAGCAUGGGACCAAUAUCAGAGGUCGACAUGACCUACUCGAUGGACUGUUACUUCCGCCAAUCCUGGGUGGAUAAACGUCUCGCGUUCGAGGGGGCCCAGGACACGCUGGCACUGAGCGUCUCGAUGCUGGCCCGGAUUUGGAAGCCGGAUACGUACUUUUACAACGGCAAGCAGAGCUAUUUACACACGAUUACCACGCCAAAUAAGUUUGUGAGGAUCUAUCAGAACGGACGCGUUCUGUACUCCAGCCGGCUGACAAUUAAGGCCGGCUGCCCGAUGAAUCUGGCCGAUUUCCCCAUGGACAUACAAAAGUGUCCCCUGAAAUUCGGAUCAUUUGGUUACACCACGUCCGACGUCAUCUACCGGUGGAACAAAGAGCGACCCCCCGUGGCCAUCGCCGAGGACAUGAAGCUGUCCCAAUUCGAUUUGGUCGAUUGUCCGGCAGGGAAUUUAACGGACAUCGUGUACAAGGCGGCGGCUCCCAGACCGCAACGCCGUCCAUUCAGCAACAAGGACCCACCACGACCCACCAGCAAGGUGCUGACCACUUUCGCCGGUCCGGCGGCAAAGAACCAGCAUGUCCGCGGCACGGGACUUAAGCUGGACAAGGGAGCCUUCGGCACCGGACGGGAUGCCACCGGCGGAGCAGGGUCCUCCACCGGACUAAGUGGCACCAUCACCCUGGAGACCAACCACCCAUCGGAGUACUCCAUGCUGAUGGUGAACUUCCACCUGCAGCGGCACAUGGGCAACUUCCUGAUCCAGGUGUACGGUCCCUGCUGCCUGCUGGUCGUCCUGAGCUGGGUGUCCUUCUGGCUGAACCGCGAGGCCACCGCGGAUCGGGUCUCCCUCGGGAUCACCACCGUGCUGACGAUGACCUUCCUCGGGCUGGAGGCUCGCACGGAUCUGCCCAAGGUGUCCUAUCCCACGGCCCUGGACUUCUUCGUGUUCCUCUCGUUCGGCUUCAUCUUCGCCACGAUCCUGCAGUUCGCGGUGGUGCACUACUACACCAAGUACGGAUCGGGGGAGUGCUACUUCAUCAUCGAGGAGCUGGACUCGGAUUCGGGGGAGUCGGAGACGGAGCCACUCACCUCCGACUUCCGGGACAGCACAGAGUCCAAGAUCUACGAGGUCAUUCCGCUGUCCAUGUGCGCCAUCAGCAUGCCGCCGCCACCCAACCGGCUGGGCAUGCUCACCUCCAGGAACCGUGGGCCCCGGAACAGGCGACAUGGUCUGUGGAGCAUGAAGCUCCUGGGCCUCUUCGACUGGCGGCGAAGAAGAAAGCCGCCCCGCGCCGGCGACUCCGAUGAGGAGGAGGACGACGAGCAGACGCAGCUGAGGGUCAACGAGGCCCCGACCACGUCCGCGGCAGCUGCAGCGGCUCAGGCGGCAGGACAGGCUGCCCGGAUCAGUCCUCCGACCGGAGGCCGCCGCCGGAUGUCCUACUACCGACGCGAGGAGAUGGAGGCCCGCAGGAAGGGCAAGCGAACCCCGCAGUACAACUCCGUGUCGAAGAUCGACCGCGCCUCGCGCAUCGUCUUCCCGCUGCUCUUCAUCCUGAUCAACGUGUUCUACUGGUACGGCUACUUGUCGAGAAGCUCCCGCAUUUUGGCCAACACGCCGGAUGCGAGCACCUGAUGUUACCUUUUAGCAAUU